GACUUUCCGAUGCCUAUGCUGCCCCUGCGCAUGCCGGCUGCUUCGUGAUGAACGGCGACACCAUGCUCGCAGUGAAGCUGACCUACGACGGCAACAAGUUUGACAUCCCAGGUGGUCGAACUGAUGGGCACGAGCCAGCGACGAAGACGGCCGAGAGGGAGACCUGGGAAGAGUCGGGAUAUUCCGUCGAAGUAGGAGAACUCCUUGCAACGGUCCGGGGAGGCUUUCACAUCUUCAGGUGCAGACUGAAGGAGCAGAACCCGGGCAAAGGGCCGGACCACGAAGUGUCCAGCGUGCAAUGGAUACAUUCUUGGGAAUUCGACAACUUCAUGCAGCAGCACAUGUGGAGAUUCCAGGAUGACCAGGCUCAUCUGUACGGCCAGUGGCUUCGCAACAAUGCUGGUAACAACAACCAGCGCGUUGAGGAGCAGGGCCAGCACCAGCACCCGGACCAUGAUUCGAAAGACCAACCUAGCGGCGAACAUCGCCGGCUCAUCAUGGUGUGA